AUCCAAGCACUGAGCACUGACGGCAACACCACAGCUCCCUCGACGACAUGACUUGAGAUGCCCACGCUAUGCUCCGGCCCCUUUUAAGCCUGAGCGCUCUGCUACGCCCCGCAGGCACUCUCUGCGGUCGUCAUGGCGUCGCUUCAAGCUUGGAGCUGAGAAGCAGCUUCUCGACCUCAUCCGUCGCCAACCUCAAGCAGCUCCCUCCGCGACCCAAGCACCCUCCCGAGUCCGACAUUGAAGAGUCCUACCUCAAAGGGAGCGGACCCGGCGGUCAGAAAAUCAAUAAAACCAACUCAGCCGUCCAACUCAAACACCUCCCCACGGGACUCGUCGUGAAGUCGCAAGCGACACGGUCACGGACACAAAACCGCAAGAUCGCGCGCGACCUGCUAGCGCUGAAGCUGGACGAGCUGGCCAACGGGGCACAAUCGCGGACGGCGAUCGUCGGCGACACCAAGAAGAAGCGGGCGGCGAGCAAGGCCAAGAAGAGCCGGCGCAAGUACCGGAAGCUGGCGGGUGCCGAGGGUGAGGGUGAGG